CUUCUUUUGAUAACCACGUGUAAGUGUAAAUGGCAACUGAAAAUGGAGAUUCCCUUGUAGGACGCAAGGAGGAGGAGGUCGUGGGGAAGGUCCAGAAGCUCUCGACUAGUGAAGGAUCUGGUCCAGCAAAUAUAGACCCAGAGCUAGCAACCAAGGCUGAUGAAUGGAAAGAAAUAGCCAACAUUAAGUUUAAAGAGAAACAUUUUGCUGAGGCCAUCGAUUGCUAUACAAAGGCUAUUGAGAUAAAUCCAUCAGUGGCUGUGUAUUAUGGGAACAGAAGCUUUGCUCACUUGAAAUUAGAGAAUUAUGGAUUUGCACUUAAUGAUGCCAGCAAAGCAUUAGAACUGGACAAGACUUACAUUAAAGGAUAUUACAGAAGAGCCAGUGCUAAUAUGGCACUGGGUAAAUUCAAGCUGGCACUGAGAGACUUUGAAUCAGUAAAGAAGAGUCGACCAAAAGAUCGUGAUGCACAGAUAAAGUAUACAGAGUGUGCAAAGAUUGUUCAUCAGCAAGGGUUUGCUCGAGCUAUUGCUGUUGAGAGUGAAAAGCCUGUCUCCUUAACUCUUGAUCUCUCAACAAUGUCUGUAGACCAUAGUUAUGAUGGGCCUAAACUUGAGAGUGAUAUAACGAUUGAUUUCAUGAAGGAUCUCUUAGUGUGGUUUAAGAACCAGAAGCUACUUCAUACAAAGUAUGCUUAUAAAAUAAUCCUCAUGGCCAAGGACGUGUUUUCAGCUUGUCCCUCUCUUGUUGAUGUUACAAUACCCGACAAAAAUAAGUUUACAAUUUGUGGUGACAUACAUGGACAGUAUUAUGAUCUUUAUAAUAUAUUUGAACUCAAUGGCAUACCUUCAAUGGAGAAUCCUUAUCUUUUUAAUGGAGAUUUUGUUGAUCGUGGAUCCUUCUCUGUGGAGGUUAUUUUAACUCUCUUUGGUUUUAAGGUUUUAUAUCCUAAUCACUUUUACAUGUCCCGUGGCAAUCAUGAGUCAAUAACAAUGAAUCAAAUGUAUGGUUUUGAAGGAGAAGUAAAGAAAAAAUACAAUGGUAAAAUGGCUGAUUUAUUCACUGAAGUCUUUAACUGGUUACCAUUAGCACAUGUCAUUGACAAUAAAGUCUUGGUUAUGCAUGGAGGCCUGUUCAGUACUGAUGAUGUCACGUUAGAUGACUUGAGAAAAAUAGAU